UCCAUCAUCUGUCCUCUUCUUGGACCAGCCAUGAUCCACAGCCUCUUCCUGAUUAACUCCUCUGGGGACAUCUUCCUGGAGAAGCACUGGAAAAGUGUGGUCAGCCGCUCGGUCUGUGACUACUUCUUCGAGGCCCAGGAACGAGCUUCAGAGGCAGAAAAUGUGCCCCCUGUAAUCCCCACCCCUCACCACUAUCUCUUGAGUGUUUAUCGCCAUAAAAUCUUCUUUGUGGCUGUGAUCCAGACAGAGGUGCCGCCGCUUUUUGUCAUUGAAUUCCUCCAUCGGGUCGUGGACACUUUUCAGGAUUAUUUUGGAGUCUGCUCUGAAGUAGUCAUCAAGGACAAUGUUGUGGUGGUCUAUGAGGUCCUGGAGGAGAUGUUGGACAAUGGAUUCCCAUUGGCUACAGAGUCCAACAUUCUGAAAGAGCUGAUCAAGCCACCCACCAUCUUGCGAACAGUUGUCAACACAAUUACAGGAAGCACCAAUGUAGGAGAACAACUCCCCACCGGGCAGCUAUCUGUGGUACCCUGGCGACGCACUGGCGUGAAAUACACCAACAACGAGGCCUAUUUUGAUGUGAUUGAGGAGAUAGAUGCUAUCAUUGACAAAUCAGGUUCCACGAUUACGGCUGAAAUUCAAGGGGUGAUUGAUGCCUGCGUGAAACUGACUGGGAUGCCAGAUCUUACCCUCUCUUUCAUGAACCCCAGGUUGCUGGACGACGUCAGCUUCCACCCUUGCGUGCGUUUCAAGCGCUGGGAAUCAGAACGAAUCCUCUCCUUCAUCCCUCCCGAUGGGAACUUCCGCCUGCUUUCCUAUCACGUCAGCGCUCAGAAUCUGGUGGCCAUCCCUGUUUACAUGAAGCACAACAUCAGUUUCCGAGACAGCAGCUCUUUGGGCCGCUUCGAGAUCACAGUGGGUCCCAAACAAACGAUGGGGAAGACUGUGGAGGGGGUGACAGUUACCAGCCAGAUGCCGAAAGGUGUCCUCAACAUGACCCUCACGCCUUCGCAAGGAACACACACCUUUGAUCCUGUUACGAAGCUUCUGUCCUGGGAUGUGGGCAAGAUCAACCCCCAAAAGUUACCAAGUUUGAAGGGGACAAUGAGUCUCCAAGCAGGAGCCUCCAAACCUGACGAGAACCCCACUAUCAACCUUCAUUUCAAAAUCCAACAAUUGGCUAUCUCUGGGUUAAAAGUGAAUCGACUGGACAUGUAUGGAGAGAAAUAUAAACCUUUCAAGGGGAUCAAAUACAUGACCAAGGCUGGCAAAUUCCAGGUCCGGACCUAGAAGCUCCUGUGGCCAAGA